AUGUCCGCCGCCUGCUAUCCGCCGUCCGUCGCCCUCGUCAUCAUGGCUGCCGAAGCCCUGCCGCGGUUCCUGCUGCCGCGACUGAGCUGGAGCGCACCGCUGCACUCGGCGCGCCCAACCCGCCCGUUUGCCUCGUUUGCCUCGUUUGCCUCGUUUGCCUCGUUCCCGGCCGCCAACGCCCUCCUCCCCCGCCAGCGCUGGCCCUCGCCCUCGCCCUCGUCCGCCGCCGCCGCUCCGACGUCGCCCCAGCGCCCGCGCCGAUUCUCCGCCCUCCCCGGCCCGGCUGCUUCGCGGGCCUUCCACGCCACCGCCCAGCGACCGCGCGACCACCACUUUGACACCCUCAAGUUCGUCAAGCGCCUCCAGGGGGAAGGCUUCACCGAGGAGCAGUCGGUCGCCAUGAUGAAGGUCCUCAACGACGUCAUCGAAGAGAGCAUCCAGAACCUGACGCGCACCAUGGUCCUCCGCGAAGACGCCGCCAAGGCCACCUACACCCAAAAGGUCGACUUUGCCAAGCUCCGGUCGGAGCUCCUCUCGGCCGACAGCACCGAGUCCAACACGACGCGCAGCGCCCACGAGCGCCUCACCAACGAAAUUGCCAAGCUCAGCAGCCGGCUGCGGGACGAAAUCACCCGCACGCAGGCCAGCGUCCGGCUGGACCUGAACCUGGAAAAGGGCCGCAUCCGCGAGGAGGCGGUGGGCCAGGAGCUCAAGAUCAAGGAGACGGAGACCAAGAUUGAGCAGGAGGUGGCCGCGCUGCGGGAGAAGCUGGAGCAGGUCAAGUUCCAGACGCUGCAGUGGCUGAUGGGCGUGUGCACCGGCUUCGCCGCCCUGAUGCUCGGUGCCUGGAGGCUGCUCAUGUGA